CUAUCAACCAACCCUCUCGCCGCUAUUCACUCUCGCCCUGCCUCAGUCGCUGCUGGGAAAAUGGGUCUAGUAUACUGUCGGACACCGCGAUAACGCUUUCGGCGCCGUUUGCUGGCCACUUCACGUUCGUAGUCUUCCGGCACAACGCUCCACCCACCUCCGCACUGCACUCAAGACGCCCCACUUGAGCAGUUGAAACAACCUCCCGUACAAACAUCCGCUCUAUUCGCUGCGCCCAGCAUGAACACCCGGCCCAUUCUAGACUCGGAUGCUGGGCCCUUUGUGCUCUCGGCAUCCUUCAACGCCGACUGUUCGCACUUCUCGGUAGCCUUGGAGAGCGGGUUUCGCGUAUUCUCGUCUACAACAUGCGAAGAGAAGAUUGCCAGAGAAGUCGGCGGCGGCAUCGGCUGCGCAGAGAUGCUCGGCAAUAAGAGUUACAUCGCCCUGGUCGGAGGAGGGAAGCAGCCCAAGUACCCCCAGAACAAGGUUCAAAUCUGGAACGAUAAAACCGAGCGCUUUACCACGUCGACCGAGUUCAAGACGCCCGUCCAGCGCGUGCGCCUAUCGCAGUCACACAUGAUCGUCGCGCUGCUCAACUCGAUAUGCAUAUACAAGAUGAAGGUGCCGCCGGUAAAGUCGGCCGAGUACGAGACGGUGAAUAACCCGUUCGGGCUGUGUGAACUGGGCACGAGCAUCGUCGCAUUCCCUGGUCGAGCGGCGGGUCAGGUCAAGAUCUACGAUCUGAACACGGGCAAUGUGAGUAUCAUACCCGCUCACGAAAGCCCGUUGCGCGCAAUCGGCAUAAGCAGGAACGGCGACCUCAUCGCAACAGCCAGUGAGAAGGGCACUAUCAUCCGGCUAUGGUCCUUCCCCUCCUGUACAAAGUUGGCUGAGCUCCGUCGAGGCGUCGACCCCGCCGCCGUCUUCUCUCUCGCCUUCUCCCCCGACGGCUCCACCCUCGCCGUGACAUCCGAUAAAUCCACCCUCCACAUCUACGACCUCGUAACCGCAACGAGUGCGUCCUCGCAGGCCGAUCCGUCGCAGCACAAGUAUGGUAUUCUGUCAAAAAUUCCCCUUUUACCCCGCGCGUUCUCCGAUAUAUAUCCUACGGCCACGGCCAAGUUCGAGAUGGGCGAUGAACCGACUGCUUGGGGUCCACAUGGUAGGUCCGCUACUCUGAGUGCAGGUAUUCCGGGUGUACCGGGCGGUCGGCCGACCAAGGGGCUCAUCGGGUGGCUCAACGACGAGACUAUUCUUGUCAUCGGCGCAGGGCAGGAUGCGCGAUGGGAGCGGUUCCACAUGGGCCGGGAUGAUAGUGGGAAGAAGUGUCUCAUCACGAAUGGAUGGAGGCGAUAUAUUAUUUAAGGGCAUUCACGGCCAAAUCUGGACGGAGUUAUAGCUAGAGGGAGGUGGCUUUUAUCCACCGUCGACCAGAUUGAGGUACGGAUACGGCGUUUUAGACAUGGAUACAACGAGGCGUUGGUUGCAUUCAUCCAGGCGUUCAGAUACCCAUUCUUGUUCUAAUACUACUCAAACUUCUGUUACGA